CCUCUCACGUGUUCCCUCGUUUGGGCCUUGUAUUUCCACGAGGCCGGUGGGCUGACACCCGCCCUGCAGAACCUGGAGUCCAGCUGUCUGUCCAAGGAAACGGCUCUGACCCGGGCCGUUCCCGUCCUGAAAGGGAUCCAGAGCCCGAAGGCUUGGAAAAGAGGAAAUGAUUCUGAAAGCCCAAGGAGAACGAGGCUCACCUGUGAGAAGCAGGGCUGUGUGUGGACGAGGAGGGGGUAGGAUGGGCAGGAAAGAACAUUCCAGCUGUGUUUGCAAAAGUUCAAGUUUGCCCUUGGCGUCAUUUCUGAUGUUCUUUAAAAUGCAGCGAUCAUACUGUGGGAUGACAUUCUAAGGACCCUGGGGAGCUUCUGGAUUCUGGCUUGUUUUCAUGGCUUUUCAUGUUCCUUCCGUGGUGUCCCUGGAGCUUUUGGGAAACCGUCCUGGUGAAAUGUAGUCGGCCUGGUCACCCUUCCAUCAAUAAGACAUUUACUUUUGAAAGGGUUUACGGGCCAGCUGAACCCCAGAAAGAGGUGUUUGGAGACGUGCACCCCCUGCUGACAUCUCUCUUAGACGGGUACAACGUUUGCAUCAUGGCCUACGGACAGACGGGGAGCGGCAAGAGUUACACCAUGCUGGGCCCGCACUCUGAAGAGGGGCCUGUCCUGCCCCUGGAGUGUCACAGCGACUUGGGGCUUGUCCCCAGAGCGACUGAGGAACUCUUCAGGCUUAUUUCAGAAAACCCGUCAAGGAAGGCAAAGGUUGAGGUCUCCAUCGUGGAAGUUUAUAACAACGACGUUUUUGACCUUCUGGCCGAGGAUACUUGCACAGCGCUGCCUGGGCUCAAGUGCGAGGUGUUGACGACCAAGGAGGGCAGGAAGGAGGUGUCGCCGCUGACCUGCGUGUCUGUCUGCAGCGCCCAGGAAUGCAUGACGCUUGUCGGUGCAGGUCUGCAGCUCAGGGCUACGCGAGCUACGGCAGUGCACGCACAUUCUUCUCGAUCUCACCUGAUAAUAACGGUGACUCUCACCACAGCCCCCUACUGUGACAGCUCUGCAGACCGAGGGUCAGAUCCAUCACUGCUCACGGAGCCUGACUGCCCCGCGCCCCAGCAGCCUGCGACAGGGGGGCGGCGGAGCACUCACCACAGAGCCCUGAGUGUGUCCCCGGGGGCCCCGCCUGCAUGCACCGCCGGGCACACUGAGCAGGUGUGCGCCACACUGCACCUGGUGGACCUGGCGGGCAGCGAGUGUGUUGGUGUGUCUGGAGUGACAGGGUCAGCCCUUCGUGAAACUUCCUUUAUAAACCGGAGCCUGGCCGCCCUUGCAGACGUCCUGGGGGCCCUGUCAGAGCGCCGAGGCCACAUCCCCUACAGGAACAGCAAGCUCACCCACAUGCUGCAGGGCGCGCUCGGAGGUGACGCAAAGUUGCUGGUGAUUCUGUGUGUGUCCCCCUGCCAGAAGCAUGUGGCUGAGACGCUGCAGAGCCUAGGGUUCGGGGCGCGUGCCCGGCAGGCAGAGCGGGGCCGCCCAGUCCCCCGGAAACCCCAGUGAAGGAGAGGCAGCUUUCCUCCCUUAAUGUGUUUCCUUCCAUUAAUCUAUAUGUAAUAUUUGUACCCUUAAAAUAAACUGCCUUUGGACUUGGUAAACCUCAUGGUUUCCAAGGGAACGGCCAUAAACAAUGACAGAAGCCAGAGCGUAAGCAGGGACCCCAGGAAGAAGAGGCUAUCGGGCAGCCUCCCUCAGCCAGGCGGGGUCCUCACGGCGCACCCCCGGGGCAGAGGGAAGGGCCUGAGCUGAGCCUGCUCUGCCAGCUCCCUCUUUUGCAAAAGUCCCCGCUCUGAGCAGGUUCUGGAACCAGACUCGGGCCCUGGUGGUGGCCCUGUGUCCCAACAUAUUCCGUAGCCCUUCAGCCCAUGUUGUCUGCGCAGUGAGGCCACUGGGAGGUGCCAGGACAGGCAGACGCCCCCGACAGCAGACGUCUGUAAUAAUCCUCCUCAUGUCACGCAUCUUCUGUUGUCCGCUGUCCAAGCCGCCAUCCCAGAGCUGGGCAGGAUGUGUGACGCAUGCUGGGACCCUGGGCUCCAGCCUUGAGGGUCUGCAGACGGACAGAACAUGCUCAGGGAACCUGGAUAGGGAGCACGGUGUGCCUUUACGUCCCGGACUCUUCGAGCAGUUGUUACUGACUGGAAUCGAUGGCCAGGGCAGGCUCAGCCUGUGUCCCAUCGUCCUCCAGAGUGGCAGCUGUCCACCCGUGACCGGGGCCUGUGGCUGAGUGUUAGCGAAGACGUGCCUACUUCGCCAUUCAGUUUUAGCCGAAUGCCGUGUUUUCUUCGGUUUUAACCAUUCUGAGACAUGCCCACCGGCUCCCUCAGGCUGCAGAGGGGCCGUCCACCAUGGGGGACUGUCCGAGUGGCUCUCUGCACGUCACCUGUCAUCCCGAGGGAUGGGAGUGUGUGGAGACAGAGGGCAGUCCUCGGCGGGGGGCGGUGGGGGGGUGAUUGGAGCCUGUGCUGCCGCGUGCAUCCUGGGCAAAGCCCCCAGCCUCGCAGACCCCAGAACCAGGACGGGGAUCGACGUGCCCACGUCUGCCCCAUACCUGCCCCCCAUAUAAACGCAACGAUGGUGGGUAUAGGGUGGAGGGCACACAGGCCGGUGAGUGGACCCAGGCCCUGCCAUCCCUGGGGCAAGUCUGAUACAAGGGUUCCCAGGGGAGGGUCCUCCAGGUGCCUGUCAUCACUUUGGGGACUGUGCCCUUCCGGCUUGUUCCUCCCUCCAGGUGGAGCUGCUCACCUGGGACGACUGCGGUCCUCAUGCCCUCAUG